CAUGAUCUUUCGCCACCACUUAGGUGGCGAUGUUUCAUCUUGAUAUCUAACCAGACUUUAAGGCAAAGCAAUACCAAUCAUACUUUUUUCUGUUGCUUGAAAUCUCUGACUAACAGAUCAAGGCGUGGCCACACACUUACCCAAUUGACCGUUCAUCAAUAGAUGUGGGGAGGGUAUUGGUCACCUUUACAAACCAUGUACGGAUACCACGGAGCAAUGAUGAGUCCCUACUAUGCGGGUGGGCUGGGAAUCCCAUACAUGAUGGGUAUGGGAGGUCUAGGCUACGGUCUUGGGGCGAGUAUGUACGGAAUGGGUAUGGGCAUGCCUUACCCCUAUGGUAUGACCGCUACCAAUCCUUAUGCGUAUACGGGAAUGUACGGUAUUGGAUAUUAAACCCCACUCCUUGAAUCAGCAACAGUGAAUCAUCACGUGUAAGGAAGGCAGUUCCGAAGCUCGAAGCGGCAUAAUGCGAUGCUAGCAUUGUAUAAUAACAAAAUCUUUGUUGUAUGAUAUG